AUGGAUCCCAAUCACGACGCCAAAUUCCCUCUCCAUGAGGCUGCUCGAGAAGGAAAAACUCAACUUGUCGAAUCGCUCUUGAGCGCGAAUCCGAAAUUGGCAAAUGUGAAAGAUGAUGAUGACCGUCUUGCGAUUCACUGGGCGGCCGCCUUUAAUCGGCUUCCGGUCGUGGAGCUCCUUGUCUCCACCAAGAACUUUGAUCCUGAUGUCGAGGAUGGAUCAGGCUGGACGCCCCUCAUGAUCGCAGCAAGCUUGAAGAAUGCCGAAGGAGACGCCAUCAUCGAGCUGCUUCUCCGCAAGGGUGCGGACGUCAGUGUCAAGAGUUCAUCUGGACAGAACGCUCUCCACUUCGCAACUUCCAAAGGCAACCUCUCCACUGUCCGCACCUUAAUAGCCAACAAGUGCAGCGCGCGAGUCAAAGAUAGACGCGGUCAGCUGCCUCUGCACCGUGCCGCAGCCAUUGGUUCUUCACCCAUCAUCAAGGUCCUCCUCGAGGAGGGAAAGAGUCCAGUUAAUGCCACAGAUAUGGAUGGCUUGACAGCACUGCAUCAUGCCAUCUCUGAAGGCCACGGUGAUGCGGCCAUCACGUUACUCAAGGCUGGCGCGGAAACAGAUAAGAGAAGCUCAGAUGGGCUUUUGGCCAUUGAUAUGGCACCAGAUGCAAAGAUUCGCUCCUACAUCAUGCAAACAGCAGAGAGGGAAGGCAUAGAAUUGUAG